AUGCUUCUUCCGCCUAUCAACUUCAAGCAGUGGGUCGACGAAAACGCUCAUAAGCUCCAACCACCCGUGAACAACUUUAUCCUUUCCAAGGGUGAAGAUACCAUUGUCAUGGUGGUGGGCGGCCCGAACGCACGCACCGACUACCACGUCAAUGAAACCGAGGAAUGGUUUUAUCAAGUCAAGGGUAGCAUGCUGAUAAAAGUAGUCGACAAUGAAGAGUUCAAGGAUAUCCACAUCAACGAGGGCGAAAUGUUUCUUCUUCCCGCCAAAGUUCCCCAUAACCCGGUGCGAUUUGCAAACACUGUGGGUAUCGUCAUUGAACGCAUCCGGCUACCUCAUCAGAUAGAUACCUUACAAUGGUACUGCGCCAAGACCGACUGUCGUCGUAUCAUUUACCACGAGUCAUUCCAUUGCACCGACUUGGGAACCCAACUGAAACCAAUCAUUGAGCGAUUUGCGUCGAAUCAAGACUUGCGAACAUGCAAGCACUGUGGAACUGUCAACUCUCCUCGAUAA